UGGAGCUGGGCUUUUUUGUUGUGUAGUCCGCAGCUGUCUCCCGUCGUGUACGUAUGUGAUUGGCGCCGUGGCGCUCUAGAAAUAGCGGUGAAACACUCUUGUAACUGUGCUCCUCCUUUGCGACUGUUGAGAUUUACGCUUCGAAAGACAAAGACGACGCCAGCGACGACGAUGCCUUAUCAGCCAGCAAACAGCAGUGGAAGCACCGGGGGCAGCAAGACGGCUGCCAAGAUGGCGCAGCUGAAGUUCUGGAAUAAGCAAAAUAGCAGCAAGCAGCAACAGCAGGACAAGGACAAGGACACCGUCAACGAGGGCAGCAUCACCAGCGGAAACAACAACAGCGGCAGCAGCAACGGUGGCGACUCCAAAAGCGAGUCGAAGAGCGGCAAGCGCAACUGGCUGCACACGCCCGAGCAGCUCAUCAGCGGACAUGCGGUCUAUCUAGUCAAGUUCUUUGGUAACCUGAGCGUGGACCAACCCAAGGGCAUCGAGGUGGUCAAGGAAGCCAUACGGAAACUGCAGUUUGCGCAGCAAAUGAAGAAGGCGGCCACGGGCACCCAGGAGAAAUUCACGAAGCUCGAGAUAACCAUCAGCAUCAAGGGGGUGGCCAUCCAGGAGCCGCGCACUCACAAGAUUCUGCACCAGUUUCCUCUGUACAAUAUCUCGUAUUGUGCGGACGAGAAGGGUGUCAAGAAGUUCUUCAGCUUCAUUGCCAAAACGGUCAAGACACGGGAGGGCGAGUUGACGGCAACGACAAAUGGCCACACCAAUGGCAGCGGCAGCCCCAAAACCGAGGAGAGCCACGAGUGCUUUGUCUUCAUUUCGAACAAAUUGGCCUCGGACAUAACGCUGACCAUCGGCCAAGCCUUCGAUUUGGCCUACAGAAAGUACAUGGACAGCACCGAGAAGACAAAUCUGAGCAAGGCGCAGCAGCAGAUCAAUUAUCUGCAGCAAACAGUUUCCCUGUACAAGGAGCGACUGAGUGAAUUAUCCUCAAAAUUGCCAAAGGCCGAACUGGAUGCCACUUUUAAACUGGGCAUCAAGGAUAUUCUGGAGGUGCCACCUUCCAGUGAGCUGCAGAAUGGAAUCGAUGCCAGCGGCGAGGCUCUGAGCAACGGCAAGCUGGACGAGGAUAAGCUGCUGAUUGACACAAUUUCCACGACGGCAUCGGUACACUCCUCGUCGCCCAGCUCCUUCUUGCCCAUUGUGCCGCCGCGGAACAAUCUGUCUAGCCAGAUCAGCAUCAGCGGCAAGAGCAACAGCCAGAAGAUGGAUGAGCUGCUGCUGAACUCCGACUCGGACAGCGAUUUCGAUCCACGCGCGGAAGAGUCCACACAGGAUAGCAAUGGAAGCAAUGGCCGCAACGCUAUCAGCAAUGAUUUGUUUGGCUUCGAGCCACCCAAGAGCUUUGGCCAGCAACUCUUCUUCAACAACAACGAUCACAAGUUGCAGAACAACAACACCAACAGCAAUAGCACCAACAACAACAACAUUACCAAUAGCAGCUUAUUGAUAAACAGCACCAACAGCAUCAGCAUGAACAGCAGUGGCUUCUCCAGCGAGCUAAACAUAACGCCGCCUUUAUUGGCACCGCCGCCAAAGAUUGCUGCACCCAGGCGCAGCACCUCGGUGACAACUAGCAAUGGGCUGAAUGGCAACACGGAUCUAUUCGGCUCGGAUCCCUUUGAGAUGAGCAAUGGCCCGACCAUAUUUAAGCAAAAUCAGCUGAAUAUCGACGACUUCUCGCUGGAGAGUUUGGAUCCCUUGCGGAAGUAGAUAUGAAGGAAGUGCUAUCAAGGCCAUUUAACCAGGGAGAAGCAAUUUCAGUUAAUCCCAUGGGAUGGAUGUCUAUCGUUAUCCGUUAACCUUAUCCGUUUCAACAUUUUCCCCUAAAUGUUUCUCCGAUUCGCACGCAUUCCAAUUCGAAUUAUAGAAUGUGUAUUAUUGUUAAUAUAUAUAUUUGUAUUGUAUUGUAUUUAUUAUCAUUGAUUUUUUGUCGAUUUUAUAUUGCAUAUUAUUAUGAUGAUGAUUUUCCCACUAUUAUUAUUGUAAUUAUAAAUAUGAUUAUUAGCAGAGCUGGAGAGAUCAAAUCAAAGGAAAAACAAAGAGUAAAGCAAACAUCAUCCCAUUUGUUGCUGUUGUCGAAAAAUAGUCUAAAUGAAGGUCGAGCGAACAAUGUUAACGAGUGAUAAUGUGAAAAAGCGCU